CAUUCUUUUACAAGAAAUCAACUUUCGAACACUUUCUUGCGUCGCAAUUAACAAGAAAAACAUCAUUGGUAGUUUUUAAAUUUCCCUGAAGGAAUAUUUUACGAAAAAUGGAUAACCAACAUCAUGAAGGAAAUGACGAAGGCAAAAAUAAAAGCGAAUGGGGACCAAGAAAAAUAUUUUUUGCGUCGGUUAAUAGUAUAAACCACGUAUUAAUAUUGUUUCUAACUGCAUAUAUUCUCUACUUGGGCUGGGAUUUGUCCAAAAAUACGAAUAUUCAUGCAGUUUUCUGUACACUCGGAUACGUUUUUCUGAUGUCCGAAGCCAUAAUACUAAUAGCAGAGGAGAAUAUUUGGACGAAUUUCUUUUCACGUCAGACUAACAAGCAUCUUCACUGGAUUUUACAAGUGGGAGGCUCAACUUUGAGCAUUGCCGGAGUUGCUAUAAAAUUUAAUCACAAAAAGGAACAUUUUCAAAGCACCCAUGCCAUUACAGGAAUUAUUUCUGUAUCCUUCAUAAUUUUGGUGGCACUUUUGGGAGUUUUUGCAUUUUUUGCUUUUCGUUUGCGAAAAAUGUUGCGACCAGUGAUAUUCAAAUUUCUCCACAACUUUUUGGGUGUCUUCUGUUUUGUCAUUGGAAUGACUUCACUUUUGUAUGGUCUUGAAAAAAGAUGGAUGAAGAACAAUGCAACAGAGGGGAUGGCCAAAACUUGUAUAAUCUUCACGUACGUGAUUACGCUUUUUUCACUUUUUGGGGCUAUUCGGUCUCUCUUCAAUCAGGCAGGAUCCAUCUUCUUUGGAGUAGAGAAUUCAUCUCGAUUUCGCAAUGUGUGGCAUGUUGGAAAAUCUCCUUCAUAAUUUUUUCCUUAUCAUAGAAGAUUCAAUGAAAUUUGUGAGAUUCUCUUAUCACAUUAUUUAAAAAAAAGCUUUUAAAAGUAAUUGUAAUUGCAUUUAAAUAUGUAUAACUUUAUACUUUAGGUUUAAGUAAUUUAUCUAAUAUUUCGUAUAAAGACUGUGAAAUUAUCUAUGAAUUUAUUUAUUAUAGAUUUUCAAUUUUUUUAUUAAGGGUUCAGAAAAAUUGUAUGGUACAAUAAUCACAUUGUUGAUAAUUU